UCCGCCUUUUAUCUCCAGAGGAAAAUGUGGCCAAAUAACUGAGAUGUCGUCACGCGAACAAGACAGUUUUACUCGAAAUGAGUUGAUUUAUGCUUAACGGGUCCGUUGUCGGGUUUUAAAACCGUCGUAUGAGGCGCCCCGGAACGAUGUUUGGCUGAUUUGUUUCCGCACGGUGGCUUCUUGGUUGGCAGUCGGUAGCGAAGAUGUCGGAGCUGUCACCAACAGAACGCGCUGGUUGUGCUAAGUUGCUGCAGCUAAUGUCGAAAACUGAUGUGCUCUCGCUCUCGGACACUGUAACAAAUAAGGCAAUAUUGGUCGAGGGAGUUUCAGAUGCUGUCGAGACGAUACUCUCCUUCACUAAAAAUGCGGAAGAACUCCUUAAAAGAAGAAGAGUUCACCGAGACCUUAUAUUUAAAUAUCUGGUGAAUGAAGGAGUGGCGAUGCUUCCGAGCAGUGACAAACACCAGCUCAUUCACAGGUGCCUGGAGCUUUGGUCGCCAAAGCCUGUGGCCCACUUCGAGAUGCCAGAGAGAAAUUUCAUGGACCAAGAGUCAGAAAUGAACGACGCAGGGAGGGAAUCCCUGGCAACAGCGAGUGGAGCUGCGUUUGACCCACUGGUCCUCGGAAAGCAGUUCUGCCACUGGUUCUUCCAGCUGUUAAACAGCCACAAUCCUGCUUUAGGAAUGCAACCUCAGGACUGGGGACCACAGCAUUUUUGGCGUGAUGUGACAAUGCAACUUCUUUCCAGGGUGGGCUCUGAGAAUUUAGAGGUCUACACGGGUGCUGAGUUGGUGAGCCGUCGUCUCCUGGCGAUGACUAAAGAGGAGCUUCUCCUCCUCAGCCCAAACCUGGACACCCCUGGGCUCAUAGCCAUGCUCUCUCCUCACGGCCUGGUGCUCGUAGCCGUGGCCGGAACCAUCCACAGGGACCAGGUUUGCCUUGGAAUCUUUGAGCAAGUCUUUGGUCUCAUACGCUGCCCGCUGGAUAACAACAGCUGGAAGAUCAAGUUUGUGAAGUUACAGAUCUGUGGGCAGGACUCUCCUGGGACUAACGCACAAGCGCCUGCUCCGACUUACACUUUGAACGAACUCCAGCUUCUGUGCAAUCAGUGACGGUAUGAUACUUUUAAUGUGCCUUUAUUGCAAUGUUAUGACUUCAACACAGACGCACUUUCUGUUCUGUAUUCAAUCCGCUUGUUUCAGGGUUUCAUUACAUUUUCAAAAACUACAUUUUGCAGGUUAACUUGAGUAUAACUGUAUUUGCUGAUUCAGCCAAAGCAUGCUGGGACUUCAGGUUUGUUUCUCUCCAGUUAACCUGUGCACCUAGAUCUUUUUUUUGUGGGACACCCUUUCAAAAGAAUUGGGCUUCAUUUUAGUGCUUUGUAUUUCCGUCUGAUUUCAUAAAGCUGGAUUCUUAUGUUUUUACACUGUUAGAGACAUUGACAUAUCUUGAUGAAGGGGAUGGACAACCAAAUGUACUUUUCUUAACCAGGACAUUGACCACUGUUUGAACACUGGCUUCAUGACAUCUUCGACCUGUUCAUUUUUCUGUCACACUUUUUUUAUUCAAAAAAACCCCGUGCUGCUCUAAGGAGCCGACAUAAAACAUGCAAAAAUGUUCUUCAUAAUUUAUGGAUUACUUUCGUAAUGCUAUGUUUUAAGCAAACACAUUCUGUCAAACAGGAACCAUCCAUGUUGCUCGUGACUAUGAAGCUUUGUCAAUACCAGCUUGUUAUAUUUCUCCAAAACAAUAUUGUUGUAAAUAAUAUUGUAAAGAAUUUUAAAGGAGGGACGUUUCUAUAGUUUCAAGUCAAUAAAAUGAUCAUGUUGGA